GGAGUACGCUAUAUGCAUUUUUUGUUGUUACCACAAAGCUCAGCUCUCGGAUGUGGAAAAUAAAAUUAGUGUUGGUGUAAUUGUUUAUAAACACUUUGGAGCUGAAGCUAUUGCAAGUGCAAUAAUUGUGCGUCAAGAUGCGUCAGUUUAACAUCUCGGUCAUUGGACUAUCCGGGACCGAAAAGGACCGCGGUCAGGUCGGCGUGGGCAAGUCAUGCCUGUGCAACAGAUUCAUGCGCCCCAUGGCCGAUGAUUAUUUCAUCGAUCACAUAUCAGUGCUCAGCCAGAGUGAUUUCAGCGGUCGCAUAGUGAACAAUGAUCAUUUUCUGUAUUGGGGCGAGGUGCGCAAAACCACCGAGGAGGGUGUCGAAUAUAAUUUCAAUAUCAUAGAGCAGACCGAAUUCAUGGACGAUUCCACAUUCCAAGCCUUUAAAGUGGGCAAAAUGGAUCCAUAUCUAAAGCGUUGCACAUCCACCAAAGUCUUCUCCGCCGAGAAACUCAUGUAUAUAUGCAAGAAUCAGUUGGGAAUCGAAAAGGAAUAUGAACAGAAAGUAAUGCCAGAUGGACGACUUAGCAUCGAUGGCUUUGUGGUUGUCUUCGAUGUGAGUCCAGUGCCAAAUCGAAGUGUCGAGAAGCAAGUGGAGUUUGUCCAAAAUGUCAUAGCCACUAUAAUAAAGAAUAAGAAGCCAUUGGUUCUGGUUACAACCAAAAAUGACGACGCCUACGAGCUGUAUGUACGCGAGGCGGAGAAAAUUAGCCAACGGAAGGACUAUAAGAGCACAGUGCAGCUAAUCGAGACAUCUGCUCACGAGAGCAUCAACAUUGAUCUGGCCUUCCUUAUGCUGGCCCAGAUGAUUGACAAGGUUAAGAAUCGUGUCAAAAUCAUUUCAUAUCAGGAGUCAGCCAAGUCACGAAAGGAGUUGCUCGACACUCGAUCUGAGGCUGUGACGCGUCUGAUUCGUAAUCAAAUCACCGACUAUCAUAUACUAUGGUCGCAGGGCUCCAAAAUGCUUUCCCAAUACCGUGAAUGGAAUGAGUUUUUGAAUAUUUUCGGUAAUGAGGCGGGUCAGAAGCUAUUUCGUCGGCACAUGAAAAAGCUACGAGACGAUCAUCUUAACAAGAAAUUACAUCAGUAUUUGGAUAAAUUUGCCUUGGCCCUAGAGUAUAUGUUGCCGGACAUUAGUGCAUUGAAUAUCAGCGAUGACGAUGCCUGGGAAUGUGCUCGAAAUUAUUUGCAAAAUCAUAUUGAAUUCGAGCAAUACUUUUUCGAGUGCCCGCAAGCCUCAUGGACCGAACUGAUCGAUAUGGAUGAGGCGGAGGAUGAGACACGCAUUCCCUUCGAUGUACUGGAAACUUCCGAAUCGGAGACAGUAUUUCGUAAUUACUUGAAUUCCGUUCAACAGGACAAAAAGAAGAUUGGUUGGAAGCAACAAUUCAAGAUGCUAUUGGAGGAAUCCGGUUUUGUUACACCUGGCAAACAGUUAUCCGAGGUUCGUGUACUCUUCAUGGGACGCGAGUGUUUUGAGGCAUUGUCUGAGCAUGAUUGCCAGCAGAUCUAUGAUAUUCAUCAGGAUGAGAUUAUUGAGAAGAGUAAACAGAAUUUUGUGGAAUUGCUGCUGGAACAUGCCCAAUACUUUCUGCAGUUCAAGAAUGUCGAUAUUAUCACCCAGGAAGAUGUGCGACAAAUUACAGAUGUCAUACAAGAGGAUUCACGUUACAAAAUGCUCGAUCGUCUCGAUCAGGAGCGACGUGUCAUAUUAUUGCAGCAUCUGCGCUUCAUCCAUUGUCCCAUACGUGAGCAUUGUCCGUUUUUCAAUAACUGUGUGGACAGUUUAAUUGAGGAAGUGCUCUCUGAUAAAUCGGCUAGCAAUCAUAAGUCGCAGGGAGGUGGUUGGAAGACCACUGGGAAUGGUAGCGAUCGAACGCUCAAUUUACUUAUUGUAGGAUCAGAGCAUUUGGCAAGUGAUCUGCUUAACGAUAUACGAAUAUGUACGGGGAGCAAGGGUGAAUAUAUAUAUGAGAAUCAGACGUAUUAUCUCAACUAUCGCAUAGCCAAUGGUGAUAUGGAAGCCUUUAAGGCCAUCGAUGUCUCUUCGAGCGGUUUGAUUUGUGUGUACUCGAAUCAGCAAUCGUUUGAAACCCUCAAAGAUAAUCUUGAACGUACAUUACUCUGUAAUCUGGAGCUAGAGGAUAAAUUUGAAAAUUUACCAAUUGUUUUGGUUUAUCAGCCGCAAGAUCUCAAAGAGAACGAAGUGGAAUAUCUGCGAAGCGAAGGCAUGCGUCUAUCAGAGAUGUUGCAUUGUGAUUUCAUUGAUCAUACACAGAAUCAUCAGAAAUAUGUCUAUGAUAUACUCAAUAUUGUAAUACUCUCACUCAAGCUAACCGAAAUGAAAAGCUAUGAGCCAUAUCCAUCCAAUCAUACCGAUUUGCGUAUUUUAUGCUGCAUCUUUUGUGGCGAUCAAUAUGAUAUUGAGAACAUUGUCCAGCCCCUGGUGGCCGAAUCGAUGAUGGUUAAGGCCAAUGAGCAUUCAAUUAUAAUUGAUGUAUUCAUUGGUGAUGCGAAACGAAGGGUAGAGUUUAUAUUAUCAUCAUAUCAUGGCACCAAUCAGUAUCGAGAUGAGCUAAUACAUGGCUACAUCUAUUUCUAUUCGGCUAAACGUCGAUCCUCAUUGGCCAAUCUCAGCAUUCUUGCUGCCCAGAAUGCCAACAUUCCAUUACAGAUCAUUGCGGUCACAGAGAGCGGAGGUGUCAAUGCCUUCUUCAAUAGCGAUAUUUGCCAAUUUCUUAUCACCGAAGGCAAUGCUCUGGCUGAUCGUUUCAAGGGCAGUUUUAUGACCUUCUCGGCCGAUCAGUAUGUUAAAUUUGCCUUCUAUAAUCCAUUCCUGAAAACCGCAUGGGAUAACAAAUAUGAGGUGGAGAAUCUACAUGUCGAAGAGUCAAUUACUUUAGAUUCAGGAGAAGGUACGCUUGAGAAUUCAGUUAAUCAAAUGCCACGCCCACCGCCACGCCAUGAGAGCUAUAUGCUAUCGAAUACAUUGGGUACCGAUGGUUCGGGCAGCGAAAACUACGAAAUGCUUCCUACACGAUCUCUCAACUCAUUAAAUGAAGAGAGAGAUAUAUCCUUAGAUGAAAUCUAUGAUGACAACAACGAAAAACCCAAACACCUGCAUCAAAGAUUCCAGAUAUUCCCUCCUCCAACAACUCCUCCAGAGCCAGCCCCUCCAGAUCAUCAGCUCAUUACAUGCACAUAUAAGAGUCAAUUCGUUUCGGCUUCAGAAUCAAGUUUGGAAGAAAUAACAUCAGCGGAUGUCAGCGGGUCCAAGGAUUCAUUGGCCACCCAUGAUGCAGAAUGGCUGGAGGACAAGAGUGAUGCCCGCCGGAAUAUGAAUAAGAAUUCGAUAUGGAACAAUUUUAGUGGAUCGGCAACCAAUACACAUGCCUACACCACUGGACGGCGGCACAUCGACUCAAAUUUAAAUCGGAUACGUCCCAAGGGACCCAGUCAAACGUUGAAGGUGGGUGAGGCGCCCAGUCGAAAUUGUCCAGCCAUGAGCUCUUCAACUUUCACACUGCCCACACAGCAACCCGGCAAGCUGAAUAUGAAGAAUUUCCAAUUGGUUAGCGAUGCGGUGGCCAAAAUGAAUUUCACUGGCAGCGGCAGUGGUAGCAUGGCUGAAUCCUAUCUGGGUGGUUGUGAUGUUGGUGGUGUUACUGCUGGUGUCGGUGUCGGUGGUGGUCCCAUUCCCAUUGAUAAAGAUGCCAAACGCUAUGAUCAUGCCCAGCUAGAUGGUGAAGAUGAGGAUUCCGAGGAAUUGGCCGAGUAUGAGCAAAUUUAUGAAAAUGAAGACUGCACGGAAUCAGAUAGUUGCGCUAGCUCUACAGAGCGUCGGGUACGCCAACAGAAUGCCUAUUACAAGGCAAACAAAAAGGCGGCCACCACCAAGAAGAACAAGAAAAAGAAAGUGGCCAUUCCCGUACAGACACCGCGUGUUCCGCCAUUUGGAUCGUAUGUUAGUCCACCAGAAAUUCCAUUGCACUAUCAACGUAUGGCCGGUGCCGGCGGUGUUGGUGUUAAUGUUAUAGGUGGACCCAUAGGAGCAGGUGAGAAAAAAAAAUCUGAGGCUGGCGUUUCUGAGUUUAUGAAAAGCGAUAAAUCACCCGAGUAUUCUAUGGUGCCCGAGUUGGCAAAUGCUGGGAUUUUUGGAGCUGAAAAUCUACCCGAAUUCAAUAUGAAUGCCAAAUGUUUGAAAGACUUUGAGAAGCUUGAAAAACGGCGGAUUAAAGAGGAGACAGCUCGUCUGCGUAAAUUGCAGGAAAAGGAAAAGGAGCAAGAGAAGAAACUGAAGCGUAAACUGAAGCAACAAAAUGCCAAGGGCAUAACCGAGACAACAGAGGCACAAUUUGGCAAACUGAUGAUAUGCUCCGAAAAGGAUGAUAAUAUACCAAUAUUCCUAAUCAAAUGCGUUGAAUUCAUUGAGAAGGAAGGACUCGAUUCAGAGGGUAUCUAUCGUGUGCCCGGUAGUCGAGCGCAUGUCGAUAUGCUAUUUCAGAGAUUCGAAGAAGAUCCUAAUACUGUAAUUGAUGUGCUGGAUAUACCGGUGAAUGCUGUGGCUACAGCACUUAAGGAUUUCUUUUCGAAACGAUUGCCACCAUUGUUUAGCAAGGAUAUUAUCAAAGAGCUGGAGGAAAUUGCUGGAUCACGUGGCGUUGGUUCUUCUAAGCUUAAUGUUGAGGUUAAAACCGAUCGCAGUUGCCGUUUGAUAGCUUUAAAAUCAUUGCUCCAAAAAUUACCACCCAUUAAUUUUGCCAUACUCAAGUAUAUAUUCCAACAUUUUGUGCAUGUAUCGGACAACUCAAAACUGAAUAGCAUGGAUAGCAAAAAUUUGGCCAUUUGCUGGUGGCCGACAUUGAUACCAAUCGAUUUCACCGAUAUGGGACAUUUCGAGCAACUGCGUCCCUAUCUGGAAGAUAUUGUUCAAACAAUGAUUGAUCAGUUUCCCUAUCUAUUUUGCGGCAAGGAUGCUUUUGUUAUGGUUUAAAAAUAAUUCAAAAUUAGAUUUAAAAACAAAAACGAGAUAGUUAGAUUCAAUACAAGAAUAAUAGAGAUUGAGAGAGCAAAAGUGCAGAGCAACAUGCAAAAAAAAGAAAGGAAAAAUCUGAGUGAGAGUAAGCGAGAGAGAGAGAGACAGAGAUAUCAAUUUAGAAGCAGCUCAAGAAAUUAUAUA